GGGCACUAUUUUUGACCAUACGUCUGCGUGUUGUUUACUGUGGUCAUCCUGUUGAGGGUGCACUCCCUUGGGUACCCUGUUUUGUUUACUCAGUUUCUAGCCUCUGUUUACAGCCGAAUCGGGAUACGAAGCUCUGUCCCGGCAGGCAGCGACCUUUCUCAUCGCCAUCAGUUCCUUCCAUCGCCACCUGUUCCUUUCCUUGACAUCAACAUAUUUUGGUGUUAACCUCUACUCUAGCCUGAAGAAUAUGUGGCGUAUUUUUCGUUUUCAGGCUCGUUGUUUCAAAUAUUCCGGUGGAUUUUCAAGACAUAUUGUCACAGCACGAGAACUGGAGACAUUCCAGAAACAGGGAGUUGUUUGUCUGCGGGGUGUUUUCGGAGAAUGGAUCGAGAAGUUGGCCACAGGCAUCGCCAAAAACCAGGCAAAUCCAAGCAAAUUCAGUGAAAGACUAACCACCGAGGGAUCAACGCAGUCGUUCUACUUCAAUGAUUACUUCAACUGGCGUCAGAUUCCCGAGUUUAGAGAAUUCGUAUACAAAUCUCCGGCUGGGGAAAUAGCUGGAAAGUUGAUGGAAGCCGAGUAUGCAGUAUUUUAUCAUGAACACGUCUUCACUAAAGAUCCUGGUACAAAUAAGGCAACACCAUGGCACCAUGACCAGGCUUAUUAUCCCAUGGAUGGAUGGAAGAACUGUUCUUUAUGGAUACCUGUAACACCUGUGUCUAAAGCAUCAUGUCUGAAAUAUGUUGGUGGAUCACACAAGUGGGGAAAAUGGUUUAUUCCAAGAAAGUUUGCAUCAUCAAAUAACUAUAAGUACACAGACCCAAACAUUGAGAAUACUGACAAGGCUUUUGAAGACAUCCCUGAUAUUGAUGCCCAUCCAGAAAAAUAUCAGCUGUCUGCUUGGGAUCUGGAGCCUGGAGAUUGUAUAGCAUUCCACAUGCGAACCCUUCAUGGAGCAAAGCAGAGUGUAGACACAGCUGGCAGACAAGUGGUCGCCACACGCUGGCUGGGAGAAGAUGCAACAUUUGCAGAGAGGCCUUGGGAGCCGUCACCAAACUAUACUGGAGGAUUAAAACCUGGUGAACCUUUCUACACAAGUGAUGCUUUUCCAAUUGUGUGGAGACUGAACAAGUGAACAGAAGUGUUUCCUCAAGACUG